CCAGAGUCACCUGAGCUGUGUACCUGAGUAAACAAUCAGUGUAGCUACGCAGCCUCUCUUUUUGUCUGGGCUAGUUUCUUGAGCACUUCUCAGUUUUUAGUGUCACAAAAUUAUAUUCUCGUACUUUUUAGAGGAAACCUAAAAAAAAAAAAAAAAAAAUGCCAUCCCAUAUUAUGCUCUCCUACCAGUGGGAUGACCAGGCUCUUGUGAAAAAGAUAUACGACCGCCUGAAAGAUGACGGCCUGCCCGUGUGGAUGGAUAUCGAAGGAGGGGUGACAGGGAACAUCAACGAUGCGAUGGCUGCAGGCGUGGAGGAGGCUGUGGUGAUUUGUCCGGUCAUGACUCCGGCUUACCAGGCCUCACGCAGCUGCAAGAAAGAGCUCAGCUAUGCAGACACGAGGGAGGUCAUCAUUGUGCCGAUCAUGCUGAGCAAAGAGUGGGAGGCCAGCGAGUGGCUGGGGCUGAUCACUGCAGGCCUGCUGUGGGUGGACUUCAGAAUUGCAGACGAGGACGAAGAGAACUUUGACAAGUGUGUCAGGUCUCUGGAGGAGGAGAUCAUGUUUAACGCCGGUCACCUGCUCACAGUCGAAGAGUCUCCUAGAGAGGAGGUGGACCAGGGAGAAGCAGCUAAACCUGUUCUGAAGAAGAAACCCGGUCGAGGUUUUCGUCACGCGCUCUCUGACCUCUACAUCCAUGACUCAGGUGAGCAGAUAAUCCGGCCGCGUGGCGACAGCAGAAACCCGGUGGAUCUCAGCGAGACGCCCGGGGCUCAGUGUUACUGGGAGGAGAUUAAGGGCGAAGCCUGCAAGUACUACAGGAACGCCGUCACCAGCAGAUACCUCGGUGAGAACAGACACUCUGAGACAAGAGGGGGUCGAAAAAAUGUGGGUCUUUAUUCAAAUGCAAAGCCAGAAAAAAAGGAGGAACAGUUACGUCCACAUCUGUACAACUGGCAAAUCUGAGUCAAUACAAACAAAAAAGAAAAAGAAUAUUUUCAAACACACCGUCUUCUUUCUUUGCUGCAGGAUUUGAUGCCAAUAUGAACCAGGUCCACUCUGAAGUCUGCCCUUCUGAGUGUGAGAAGUGGCUUCUGUUGGUGGACCAGAGUGACCAGAGCCAUCAGAGAGCCGUUGUCAUCAAGAACAAACACUCCGGGUUGUUCCUGGCUGUUCAACACGGCAACUUUACGGGACUAACGUCAUACAGCGAGGACUGCAGAUGGUUUUUAGAAUAACGCGCGCAAUCAUCCUGUUGCUGCUUCUGUUAGAGGCGCCGUAAUAUUUUAAAGCAAAUGAGAAUUGCUGGGCAUAUCUACUACAAGAGUCAGUAAAAAUACAAUGUAAGUUGUUACUGUGACAAGAGGAAAAAAAACAAAAAGAAACAA